UACGAGUUUAUUCAUUCAUCCCUUUUGUGCGUCACUGAAAUAAUUUUCGGAAACAUAUCGUGUUUGAUUUAACUUUUACCGUUACAAAACCGGAAGCACGUGUUGGCCCAUGUUGUAAACAAAACCUAACCCACAGUGCAGUGAGAACUUUUGAGGUUUGAGUACCUUAACCAGACAGAACAGGUGAAAUUCAAGGAUCAAUGGUUGGUUGAAAUUUAGGCCAGUAUAUGUGAAGGUGUUCUACUUGUAAAUAAGAUUACAAUGGCAGCUGGAGAAGGUUCAGAUUAUUUCAAAAGCUACGGUGAUCUGUCGGUCCAUACCCUCAUGCUGAAAGACAAGCCUAGAACAUUAGCCUACAAAGAAUUCAUCGAAAAGAACCAGUUCCUAUUUCGAGAUAAAGUGGUCUUGGAUGUGGGUGCAGGGUCCGGGAUUCUGUCCUUGUUUUCUGCCUCUGCUGGUGCUUCUAUGGUGUACGCUGUCGAAGCCAGCAACAUGGCUGAUCUAUGUAGCCAGAUAAUCCAGUGCAACAAAAUGGAGGACAAAAUUAAAGUCAUUAAAGGGAGGAUAGAAGAGGUGGAACUUCCAGUGGAGAAGGUGGAUAUCAUUGUUUCUGAGUGGAUGGGCUUUUAUUUGCUUCAUGAAUCUAUGCUAGACUCAGUGAUAUUUGCCAGAGACAAGUGGUUGUCAGACUCAGGUAUAAUGAUUCCAUCUCAUGCUACAUUGUACCUAACACCUGUCAAUAUGUCCAAGUAUGUCACAGAAAACUUCAGAUUUUGGGAGAAUGUGUAUGGAUAUGACUUUUCUCCUUUACAAACUGUGUCAAUGACAUCAACCCUUCAGCAACCAGUUAUUGAAUCCAUAGAUCCAAAACAGUGUAUGUCAGACCCAGAAAUAGUGAAGGAAUUCGAUUUACUGACUACGAAAGUAGAAGACUUAAAAACUGUUCAAAAUACUUUUACAUUUAAAAUGACCAAAUCUGGACUUGUGCAUGCUUUUGCAGCAUGGUUUGAUGUUUAUUUUGGUGCCCCAACAGUAUCAAUACCUCCAAGUUCACCUGGUAAAGACAUUCCCAGAGUUCACCUAGUGACCUUGUCGACCUCUCCUAUGGUAGAGGUCACCCACUGGAAGCAGACGGUGGUUUUUAUUCCUGUGUCAGCAGCUGUGGAUGAAGAAGACUCUCUCUCCUGUAAACUGGAGUUGUCACAAGAUGCAACCAAUCCUAGGCUAUACAAUAUCUCCAUAGAGACAAUGGAGGACCAAUCAGAGUCUGAGGAAUCAGACUCAGAAGAAGAGGAGGAUGUAUCAGACCACCCUAUCCCUUGUGACUGUGGUGCUGGGAAGUGUCGACUGAUAGCAGCGUUGAUGCAGAAGUAUGAUGAGGAGCAGACGGCACUGGAGUUGGAAGCAGAAGAAAUGGAGGCAUGUGCUGCUACAGAGGCUGCCAGAAAUAUGGACCUGGUGGAAAAUGGCGGAGGGCAGCAAGUUAAUGGUUGUCUGGAUGAAUAGGACCCCUGUGUACUGCAUGAAAUAAUGUUAUAUUUCUUGUACACUUCUAGUGUUCUUAAUAUGAAUCUAUACAAUUUUUACAAGGGCAUUUUCACUAUCAAUAAAAAUAUAACAGAAAGAAUGUUGAAUUACGUUUGAUGUACACUUCUAGAAUACAGACAUAAUUUCUGAUGAGGGCAUGUGCACUAUCAAUUAAACAACUCCUAAAUUCUUUUUCAUGAUAUUGAAAAAGAAAUUCUUUAUUUUUUUUUAUUAAGAUUUAUAAGUAUCUGUAAAUAUAAUUAUUAGUGCAACAUGACACCAUGUAUUUGAAGGAUAAUCAACAUUAGCAAAGAAAAGAAAAACAUCUCAAGUGGAAUUAUUUGUAUUGAGAUUGAUGUAUUUUUAAGCUGAACACAGCUUGUAAAACGACGUAAACCAUAUCAUUUUUCCAAUCUCCUAUGUCAUCAUGGGGAUGUUUAAACCCUUUGCAUUCAAAAACCUAACUGUCUUUACCUGGUCAGUGCUGUAUGUAGUAUAUGUACAAUGUAUAUCUAACAUCAAUGUCUUUUUGUUUACAUUUUAUUUCAAUGAAGAUGCAGUUUGGUUUUUUUUUUACUUUGUAAUGCAUUGACCAGUGCAACCAACAUUGAAUAUCUAUCGUAAUUAUUUUUCUUGACAUGACAGCAGAUGUCAUUUCUGUCACGCCAAAGUCUAUCGUAAUGAAAAUAAAAAAUGUGUCUGUUCAGGUAAACACCAUGAAACAAAAUAUAUUGAACUCUUAACAAAGCUUGAGGCUUAUAUGGUGGUUGGCGAAUACAAAUCUUGAUAAAACUAAUAUUGCAGACAAAGAUAACUCUCUUCCUUUUAGGAAAAAUGUUCAGCUUUAAUUGUGUUUAUACAGUAUUUCAAUCAAAAAAGCUACUUGUUAUGUCAUUCUUUUGCUAGAUGAUUCAUUAGAGAAAAUGUUCACUUUUAAUUCUUUGCCAAGAAAUGAAUAUAUAUUGACGAAAUCAAGAUAAAGAGGCAU